CAAAGGAGGAACAAAAAGUAGACUCUUAACCCUAGUACUGCUCAGUAAAGAAAUACAGUACUUAAGGUAGCAAAAAUGGUUCCAAAUCUCCUUCCAGGCAGAUGGCACCUGAUGACUUUUAUUCUAUCAGGUGUUCUUGCUGCUGACUGGAUAGUGCAUGUCCCUGUGGACCCAGUCUAUGCUUCACUUGGGUCGUCAGUUGUUCUGUCCUGCAUCUAUGACUACCCUGAUGGGUCAGACCAGGGAACACCACACAAAGUGCUCUCAGAGAUGUGGUGUCUGAAUCAAAGCCAAUGCAUCACUGAAAGAUAUGUUUACCAUAGUGAAGGGAUAUUCCCAGAGCAGUCGUAUCAGGGCCGAGUACAGUACUUUGGGCAGAAGGGCAGCAAGAACUGCUCUCUGAAGAUAUCUGACCUGAGAUCAACAGACAGCGGUGAAUAUGUAUUCCGAUUCAUCACUGAUCACCUGAAGGCCAAGCUUCCAGGACAGAAAGGAGUGACUCUACUGGUUUUCUCGAGAAGUACAUCUUCAACCACUAUUGGCAUUCUGUUUGGAGUUAUUCUCGUCUUCAUAAUAACAGGCAUUGUGAUUUACGUCAGAUGCAAGGCACGGAGACAGAGGUCCAGACCACUUUAAACAAAAAACACAUCACCAAUAAGCAUCUUAUUACCACAGAGGAUGAGAAAAAUAUUGGAGAUGAGAUAUGCUGGUGAGAGUGAACACAAACUGGGAUCAAAACAAUGUUUCUUUAGCUUGGGUCAUUGGUUUCGAUUCUCAAUAAAAUAUAUAUCCAAAAGUUGCCAAAUGUGUGCAUGCAAAUUGAUGAGUUGGCCUUUCCUGUUUGUUUGCUCCAUUUAUCAUAGUUUAUUUAGUCAUUUAUUUAUCUAUUUAUGUGAUAUUGUUUACAUCGCCUAGUAUUCAAUUCCAUUCUGAUUUAUUUUCAUCUUUUGCAGUCUAUAUGUUGUUCAUGUAUACUUAUCUUGUAUAUAGUAUCUUGUAUUUUAAAUGCCACUGCUGCUAUACUGCAUAUCAGAGGGACCACAUUUCCUUCUGGCACUGUACUAGAGGGACUAAUUGGACACCACAAGUUUGUACAAAACCUGAUGAUCCAUGUUGAUGUAUGUUCCAAAGAGCAUCUUGUGUGCUCCAAUGGAAGCAAGGAAAUUUCCAAUGUGGUCUCAUACUUUUGAACCCCUCUGUAUACUAUAUAUACUGUGCUUAUUGUUCAAUCUGAAGUAUGCAGGAAAAUCAUUCUGCUUUCUCUGUCUUGUUGUUUGGGGUUUGAUAAGUAGAAUUUGUAUGUUUAAAGAUAAAGCCUUUCUAGGGACCUGAGGUACAAAUUAGCAUGUGCUAUAACCUCUCUAUACAAUGCAAAUUUAUUUUAUUUUAAAAGUCAUGUUCUGGAUCAAACACUAUGUAUAUUAAAUCAUAAAAAGUGAUUGCCAUAAAUGGUGGAUUGGAAAAAUCCUAAGCAUCAUUAAAAACAGACUCUUUGUUGACAUUGGAUAAGAAAUGUAUUUGAGAGUUCUGAACACAUAAUACAUAAUUUGGAAUUUUAAAGUGGGUAUUCUUUUUACAUGAUAUCUCUAAAGAUAGAGACAUAAUGACAUAAUGCAGCAGGACAUAAUAAAAAAAGAACAUUCAAAGAACUUCUACCUGUACCACCUAUUCUCAGAUAUUGCUAAUCAUUUCAGUGGUCCAUUAAUGUAAUUAUGAAGCAAAACUGCAUAAUAUAUUAAGACUUGUUUUCAGUGAAAGGUAUCCAGAAUUAAGUUGAUUUAUUUUACCAAAUUGGUAAACUGUUUUGUCUUGUUUUAAUCAUAAAUGUUGUAAAAUUUUGUAAGGUUUCUGUUUAAA